CCCCGGCGGUGAUGCCGCAGUGACGCUGCACUGAUGUUCCCCGGGGUGGUUUACGCCCUGCUGGCGGGGUUCCUCGGUGCCGUGGCCUCGUCCUCCGCCAAGCUGUCCCUGGGCACGGACUACCUGAAGGGAGUGUGUGAGACAGGACUGAGGACCUGGGGACAGCAGAGGACACUCAGACACGCGGACGAGACGAGCGCGUGCGAGUGGCUGCACAUCCCCCUGCGCCUGCUGUGCGGCGGACUGCUCUUCACCUGUAACGCUGUGAUGUGGACGUUCCUGUCGAAGGCCCUCAGGUACUCAUCAUCCUCAACCAGGACCACUGUGACCACCACCGCCUCCAACUUCAUCUCCUCCGCGCUCCUCGGGCAGCUGAUCUUCGGGGACAGCCUCGUCGCUCUGUGGUGGGUCGGGGUCUCGCUCACGCUCUCGGGUCUCCUGGUGCUACAGCGCUCCUCCUCCACCAGCGCACCCUUGGAGACCGCGGAAAAGGACGAAUCAGACGACAUUUACCGGAGACACGCACGCGCACGUCGCGAGGAGCUGCAGCAGCUUUCUGAAAAAUGAAGUAAUAAAACCAGACGUGAGCGCGAAAAAACUGUUCUCAUGUGGCUCGCAAAAAAAAAAAAAAAACAGCACAAAGCGUAUGUUGCUAAUGAUGAGUGGAUUCGUUGCAUGUAUCCUAGCUGCUAGCUCUUUACAACAGCAUCAUGGCUAAUUGUUACCGUAACCAAGGAAACCUGAGAGCUGGCCUUGUCCUAAUAACUGGUUAUAUAAAAUGUAACACGCAUAAUGUUCCGCUAGUCCAGGCGUGUACAUCUGGGAGAUGCUAUCACUCCAGUCCUGUCCAUACCGAGUCUUUAUUAAGAAGAAGAAGCUAAUAAGAUCCUCA